AAAGAGCGCGCGUGUGAUGUGUUUGUGUAUCCUCCGUGUUUUUCUCUCUUGUGUGUUUCAUUGAGUGUAAAAAGUGUUGAGACGACGUUGAUGUUGAGAUGCGGUGUGCUGUAAAUCAGUAGGAACUGAUCUGUUCAUGCUGGAUAUAUUGAUGAUUUCAUUACAGAAAUCUCUCAGCUGAAGAAAGAGGAGAUUUACCAAUGGAUCGAGAGGAUGUGGAUUGUUGUGAAUCUUCAGUGUAUGUGACUGAUGAUGGGAGUCUGGAUUCAGUGUGGAUGAGCAGAGAUCAGAGCCGCACACCACAGACACUGCUGGACUCUAAACUCUCUGAAGAGAAAUCCAGACACACACAGAACUCCGAUCUCAGUCUGACUUUACUCUGUUAUACUGAGUCAAAGCUCACAGACACUCAGGACACUACAGUGUGUGACAGUAAACAGAGCUUACAGGAGGAUCAAACCUCCACAGAGUCUCUGAAUUCUGUCUGUAACGCUGGAGAACAGCAGCAGAUCCUGCAGACCAAACUGAAGAUGUGUUCAGUUAAACUCAUCGACUGCACAAACCUCAUGAUGAAGAUUAAAACUGAACCCACAGAAAUCAAAACUGAACCUACAGAAAUCAAAACUGAACCCACAGAAAUCAAAACUGAACCCACAGAAAUCAAAACUGAACCCACAGAAAUCAAAACUGAACCCACAGAAAUCAAAACUGAACCCACAGAAAUCAAAACUGAACUCACAGAAAUCAAAACUGAACUCACAGAAAUCAAAACUGAACUCACAGAAAUCAAAACUGAACCUAAAGAAAUCAAAACUGAACCCACAGAAGAGGAAGAUCGCACUGAUUAUGAAGAUGAUGACUUUAUUUCAUCAGGUGUGAAGAGUGAUUCAUGUUUGGAUAUAGAAAUAACGUCCUCAACAUCAAAAGAGCGACUGUCAGCACAAACUCUUUCCUGCAUCAGCUGUGAAAAGACAUUCAGCUCACAGAGACAUUUAGAGAGACAUGAGAGAAAACACAAAGAACAGAAACUCUUCACCAGAUCUGAGAUCAGCUUUACUACCUUACAAGAGAAGAAACUUCAUUCAGAAGACCACAGAGAGAAGAAGAAGAAGAAGCAGUUUCACUGUGAGCAGUGUGGGAGGAUUUUUGUCUGUUCCUCUAAUCUAAAUGUUCACAUGAGGACACACAGUGAUGAAAAGCCUUUCAACUGCACUGAAUGUGGAAAAUACUUCAGAACCAAACAACAUCUUGAUAUUCAUCAGAGAGUUCAUACUGGAGAAAAACCUUACGAGUGUCCUCACUGUGGGAAGAGUUUUAAUGUAAAUGCUGCCUUACUAAGGCACCAGAGACUUCAUACAGGUGAAAAACCUUUCAAAUGCUCUCAGUGUGACAAGACGUUUACUUGUUUAAGUUACUUAAAAAACCACGAAAGAGUUCAUACUGGGGAGAAACCUUAUCAUUGUAAUGUCUGUGGGAAGAGUUUUAGUGUAAAGCAUACAUUACUAAAGCACAAGAUAAUUCAUACAGGUGAAAAACCUUUUAAAUGCUCUCAGUGUGACAAGACGUUUGCUCGUUCAAGUAGCUUAAAAAACCACGAAAGAGUUCAUACUGGAGAGAAACCUUAUCACUGUAGUCUCUGUGGGAAGAAUUUUAGUCAAUGGUCUUCAUUACUAAAUCACAAGAGACUUCAUACAGGUGAAAAACCUUUCAAAUGCUCUCAGUGUGACAAGACGUUUGCUCGUUCAAGUAGCUUAAAAAAACACGAAAGAGUUCAUACUGGAGAGAAACCUUAUCACUGUAGUCUCUGUGGGAAGUGUUUUAGUCAACAGUCACCCUUAAUAAGGCACCAGAGAAUUCAUACAGGUGAAAAACCUUACAAAUGCUCUCAGUGUGAAAAGACUUUUUCUAAGUCAGAUCACUUAAAAUCUCAUCAGAGACUUCAUACUGGAGAGAAAGAUGUGGAUUGUUGUGAAUCUUCAGUGUAUGUGACUGAUGAUGGGAGUCUGGAUUCAGUGUGGAUGAGCAGAGAUCAGAGCCGCACACCACAGACACUGCUGGACUCUAAACUCUCUGAAGAGAAAUCCAGACACACACAGAACUCCGAUCUCAGUCUGACUUUACUCUGUUAUACUGAGUCAAAGCUCACAGACACUCAGGACACUACAGUGUGUGACAGUAAACAGAGCUUACAGGAGGAUCAAACCUCCACAGAGUCUCUGAAUUCUGUCUGUAACGCUGGAGAACAGCAGCAGAUCCUGCAGACCAAACUGAAGAUGUGUUCAGUUAAACUCAUUGACUGCACGAACCUCAUGAUGAAGAUUAAAACUGAACCAACAGAAAUCAAAACUAAACCCACAGAAAUCAAAACCGAACCGACAGAAAUCAAAACUGAACCGACAGAAAUCAAAACUGAAGCCACAGAAGAGGAAGAUCGCCCUGAUGAAGAUGAUGACUUUAUUACAUCAGAUGUGAAGAGUGAUUCAUGUUUGGAUAUGGAAAUAAGGUCCUCAACAUCAAAAGAGCGACUGACAGUACAAACUCUUUCCUGCAUCACCUGUGGAAAGACAUUCAGCUCACAGAGACUUUUAGAGAGACAUGAGAGAAAACACACAGAACAGAAACUCUUCACCAGAUCUGAGAUCAGCUUUACUACCUUACAAGAGAAGAAACUUCAUUCAAAAGACCACAGAGAGAAGAAGAAGAAGAAACAGCAGCAGUUUCACUGUGAGCAGUGUGGGAAGAUUUGUGUCUCUUCUUCUGAUCUAAAUGUUCACAUGAGGACACACAGUGAUGAAAAGCCUUUCAACUGCACUGAAUGUGGAAAAUACUUCACAACCAAACACAAUCUUAAAGUUCAUCAGAGAGUUCAUACUGGAGAAAAACCUUACAAGUGUCCUCACUGUGAGAAGAGAUUUAGCUAUAAAAAUAAUCUGAAGAGACAUGUGCUUUUACACACCAAUGAGAGACUGUAUCAGUGCAGUGAAUGUGACAAAACCUUUAGGGAUUUACGUUCAUUAAAAUCACACCAGAAUACUCACAUUAAAGAGAAAUUCUAUCAGUGUUCACACUGUGAUAAACGUUUCUGUAAUAAAUAUCAGCUGAUAAUCCAUCAGAGAGUUCACACUGGAGAGAAACCUUACGUCUGCACUCAUUGUGGAAAGAGAUUCACUAAUUCAUCUAAUGUAAGAGCUCAUGAGAGAGUUCAUACUGGAGAGAAACCUUAUCACUGUAGUGUCUGUGGGAAGAGUUUUAGUGUAAAGCAUACAUUACUAAAUCACAAGAGAGGUCAUACAGGUGAAAAACCUUUCAAAUGCUCUCAGUGUGACAAGAAGUUUGCUCAUUCAAGUAGCUUAAAAAACCACGAAAGAGUUCAUACUGGAGAGAAACCUUAUCACUGUAGUCUCUGUGGGAAGAGUUUUAGUCAACAGUCACACUUAAUAAGGCACCAGAGAAUUCAUACAGGUGAAAAACCUUACAAAUGCUCUCAGUGUGACAAGACGUUUGCUCAGUCAGAUCACUUAAAAUCUCAUCAGAGACUUCAUACUGGAGAGAAACCUUAAAGGAACAGUAUGUAAGAAAUUUAUAUCAAUUAAUCAUAAAAUGGCCCUGAUAUAUCACUAGACAUUAAGAAUUAAUUUUCAUUUCAAAUAUUUAUAUCACUGACAUCAGUGGCCUGGCAAGGAUAUUGUCAUUUAAAAAGUGGAGUUGCAGUCCUCAACUAAUGUUUAUGUUGUCAUUUUGUGUAUUGGCUACUAGUUGUGUGAUUGCAGUACCAGUUUUAGCCACAAGGUUUGUGAUUGCAAUACCAGUUUUGGCCACAAUCCUACAUACUGUUCCUUUAACACUGUAAUGUUUGUGGGAAAAUUUUUAGUCAACAGCAUGUGCCCCCUUGGUUUUUUUGAGCCAAUGGAUUUUCCAUCCAAGCUCAAAAUCAAAUAAGUGUCCAUUAAUCUGUUAUUUGACUUUUAAUCUGUUUAAUAUGCACAAUAUUAUACAUUCUGUGCUGCAUCCUUGUCACUUUUUGUUCAUGUUACAUUACUUUUAUUCUGGCAGCAGCUGGCGCUGCAGUCAGCGCAGUUGCAGACGUCAUCAGCGUCUGGGCACGCUCACAAGCUCUCUGCUGUUGCUGGCUAUCUGAACAAUUAAAACGUGUAAGAAACGCUCACAACAUUUCCAAACCCCAGUACGGUAAUGUGCAGUUCCUCUGUGUAGAAAAUGUAUGGUUUUAAAUGUGACCGUCUCAACGUUAUAAGUAGAUAUUCAUCUUCUUGGCACAACGCCAAAGUUCGCCAGAGUUCACGCGUGCACGGAAUCUCACAUGCUCACAUAUGAGGUAAAAUUUAAUGCAAAAAUCCGUUCCUGUAAUAAUUUUAUCGAAACAUAUUUUUUAAAUCAUUAUUGAAGAUUAAAACCAAUCACGUGGCUAUAGCUUAUGUCAUUUUUGUUGUUUAUAUACUUUAUGGAUUUAAAAUUACAUUAAUUUUAUAUGAUAAUGCAGUUGUUGUGCAAAAUGCAUUAAUGACACAAUUAAACAAGCCAUUAAGACUUAAAUAAAUAAAACAUGCCGUUUCAGAUGUAAA